AUUUUAUUUUAAUUAUGCCGUCUCUGUGGUCUAAUCGUGUACGUCGUCUGGUUUUAAAAGCCUCUCUCACUUUGGUCUUUUCGUUUUCUCUCUUCCAUUUUCUCCAACUAUAUAAAAAAAAAAAAGUGAGAGAGAGAGCAAAUCUGUGUGAUGGAAGUUGCUCUUGAGUUUGGGAUUAUUUAUCUUUUCAAUAUCAUUUGAUGAAGAAGGAUGGUGAGAUGGGAAGAAGUGAUGUCAGGAGGAGUAGGAGAUGAAAGAGAGACAACGUUGGAGUGGUGAAGAAGAUGCAUUGUUACGUGCUUACGUUAGACAGUUCGGUCCGAGAGAAUGGCAUCUUGUGUCUGAGCGUAUGAACAAACCUUUGAACCGUGACGCCAAGUCUUGUUUAGAGAGAUGGAAGAAUUAUCUUAAGCCAGGGAUCAAGAAAGGGUCUUUGACAGAGGAAGAGCAGAGGCUUGUGAUCCGUCUUCAGGAGAAACACGGCAACAAGUGGAAGAAGAUUGCUGCUGAGGUUCCCGGGAGGACGGCAAAGCGGUUAGGGAAGUGGUGGGAAGUGUUUAAGGAGAAGCAACAGAGAGAAGAGAAAGAGAGUAACAAGAGAGUUGAGCCUAUUGACGAGAGUAAGUACGAUCGGAUUCUCGAGAGUUUCGCUGAGAAGCUUGUCAAAGAGCGGUCUAACGUUGUCCCUGCUGCUGCCGCUGCUGCAACGGUUGUGAUGGCUAAUUCGAAUGGAGGGUUUUUACAUUCUGAACAACAAGUUCAGCCUCCUAACCCAGUGAUCCCGCCUUGGUUAGCUACUUCUAACAAUGGGAACAAUGUUGUUGCAAGGCCUCCCUCGGUAACUUUGACAUUAUCGCCUUCCACAGUGGCUGCAGCUGCGCCUCAACCGCCAAUCCCGUGGCUGCAGCAGCAACAGCCUGAGAGAGCAGAGAACGGUCCAGGGGGACUUGUGUUAGGGAGUAUGAUGCCGUCUUGUAGUGGGAGUAGCGAGAGUGUGUUCUUGUCAGAGCUUGUGGAGUGUUGUAGAGAGUUGGAGGAAGGGCACCGAGCUUGGGCAGACCAUAAGAAAGAGGCUGCAUGGAGGCUAAGAAGGCUGGAGCUGCAGCUAGAGUCAGAGAAGACGUGUAGACAAAGGGAGAAGAUGGAGGAGAUUGAGGCAAAGAUGAAAGCUCUUAGGGAAGAGCAGAAGAACGCAAUGGAGAAGAUCGAAGGAGAGUACAGAGAACAGCUCGUUGGUUUGAGGCGAGACGCAGAGGCCAAAGACCAGAAACUGGCUGAUCAAUGGACCUCUAGGCAUAUCAGACUCACCAAGUUUCUUGAACAACAAAUGGGUUGCAGAUUAGACCGCCCCUGAACCGUCUCCUAAACUCUUUGUUGUAACUUGUAAUGUAAUGUAAGGUUUUUUUUUUGUUUUUUUUUGUUUUUUUUUGUCUUUGAUCAUUUGGGUGUCUCCAAUGUUUACUUAGACUUUUGGGUUCCUUACCUCAGCUUUGUAUUUGUUUCUUUUACCUUUGUGUUCCAUUUAUCACUUCAGUUUAUCCAUGGCUUUGUUUUCUCAAGCUUGAUGUUGAUUUAGUCAGCUGCAACACUUUGGUUUAUAAAUAAAAUCGAUUUAUAUCUUUACAUGUGUAAAUUCAAGUAGAAGACAGAAAACAAAUUGUUACAUAAUAAUUGAAAAAUUGAAGAGGAAGAGGUGUGUACUUAUUCACUCAAAAACACAGUUGCAUUAGAUUUUAAACCAUACUACAAACAGAUUACCAUAAAUCCAUGAAAAUGUAUUUGGCAUGAAUUUCAAAACAUAAGAGAACAAAAACAAAGAGCAGAAUAACGGAAGAUUAAAAACCCGGCUUGAGAAAUGGUCGGAAAAACCCUGGCGGUGCUUCUUCUCUGAAAAAUGAUCAACUUUGAACUCAGAAGCAC